AUGCAGUCAACACCACCCUCAACCACAGGCACCUCUGCCGCCUCCAUCCGCUCAAAACACCCCUACAAGGAGCCAAAGCAGGUCGAGGCCCUCAAGAACUUCCGUGUUCUCCUGGGUGCCGAUAGCGACAAGUAUGAUGACGGGGAAUUGAUGCGGUUCAUCGUUGCCAGAAGCUAUGACUUGAACGGAGCAAAGACGCAGCUGCUCGCCUCAUUGGACUGGAGAACUGCCAACAAGGUCGAUGAUCUGCCUAUUCCAGGACCCAAGAACUCGAACGGUGUCAUGUACGCUGUCCGCGGCUGGAACUCUGUUCCCGAUGCCAACAUCGAGGCUGGACAGCCUAAUGUCCCCGAGCAUGCUGUCCGUCUUCAAAAGUACAUGGGAGGCAGCUGUCUCCACAAAUGGGAUAAGGCUGGCCGUCCAAUCUAUAUCGAGCGCAUGGGCCAACACAACGUCAAAGGUCUGGCCAAGAAUGUUACAACACCUGAGUUGGUCGACUACCAUAUCCGCUGCACGGAAUUCGUCCACAACACCAUCAUGCCUGAGUGUGAGGAGCGCUUUGGAACGGACGACAAGGUCAUCGACAAGGAGACCGUUAUUUUCGACUGCACUGGCAUGGGCUUCCAUCAGUUGCACAUGGAGGGAUUGAACAUGCUCCGUUCAUUAACCGACAUGGAUCAGAAGGCAUAUCCCGAACGUCUUGGAAAGUUGUUCAUCGUCAACAGUCCCUUUGUCUUCGUCAAGGUGUACUCUAUGAUCAAGAAGUGGCUCGACCCCGGUGUCAUUGAAAAGAUUCACAUUCUUGGAAAGGACUACAAGUCAGUGUUGCUCGCUCAUAUUGACCCUGAGAAUCUCCCGGACUUUUUGGGCGGAGCAUGUACUUGCAAUCAUAUGCCUGGAGGAUGCGUCCCCUCUGAGAUUAUUAACAACAUCAAGCCCGUCCCAAAGGCGCCUGUAUCGAACGGCAAUCUCCUGGCUGUGCCCACCUACCUGCGCCCUCGCUCGUCUUCAACAGCAUCGGCCAACUCGAUCAUGGAUUUUGUCAUGCCUCAGCCCCAGGACGGCAUCUAUCAGAUGUUUUCGACCCUGUCACAUGGAAAACCUUGCGAGUAUGAGAUCGUGGUAGCGGACGAGGAUGUUGAGCGCGAGCCUGAGGUCCUCAUCAAAUUCCGUGUGAAGGGUAUCCGCGCUGCCUGUGAUGGACUCAACUUUACUGUUGCGCGCUUUGAGUUUGGCGAGAAGGCUGACAGCGGCACUAUUGUUGUGCCUACAAAGUUCUACAACUUGUCAGACUGCCCUGAAUCGAGUGAAGGUAUCGAGAUCAAGUUCAGAGCUAAGGCAGCAGGACUGUAUGUUUUGUCAUGGAUGCCCGAGAACCCUCGCGGUUUGACCCAGAUGGAGUAUGGUGUCACAGUCGACGGUAUCCUUGGCGAACAGACCACCGAUUCGCCCUAG